CAGGGACAAAAAAAAAGGGCAGGGACUGAGAGGAGGGAUUCAAAUUCUAAAUGAUGAGCUGUGCCUUUUGUCAGCGGGGUAUAUAGAGCGGAGAGAACAGUCAGUUUGGAAAAGCGCAGAGUUUAGGCUCCCAUCAUGGCUGCUCCACACUACCUACGGAUUGUUUCAUUUGUUUUCUUACUAACAAGCGAUGUCGGAGUCUUGGGUCGCGCGUUGGACUCGCCUGGGUUCCGGUUACAGUCUGCACAGACCGCGGAUGGAUCAUCUGGACAGGUUUUACGCACGGAUGGAGAGACGCGGUGGAGGCGCGCGGCGGCGCGCUGCGCGGAGCUGGGAGGCCCCUGGAUGGAGAACAUGCAGCAGGCUCCCCGGGAUGGAUCCACGGUGCUGCAGCUCCGGGUGCGGCCCUUUUCCCCCGGAGCCUUGCGUGGGUUGGUUUUUCCCGGGAAAUCUCUCUUCAGUUUUAUCCGACGGGUUUACCGCUGCUGCAAGGAGGGAGGCGGCUGCAGGAGCGUUAAAGGGAUUCAAGGCAGGCUGAGAGGAGAUGCGGGUGUUGAAUUCGUCCUGACCAGGGAGAUUUUAGCGAUGACGGUGAGGAGAGCCGAGCUUCAUCUUCAGCUCUCCAACCCACAGCAUCUCAACAUCACCCCCAUCAUUCCCUUCAUGGUGAAGCACAAUUUCCCCACCAGGUACACCCUGAUUUCUCUGGGCGACGCAGUAGAGCUGAAGGUGGACCUCCUGUUCCUGUUGCAGAACCUGCAGGACGCGGCAGGUGGCGGCGGCGGAGGAGGCGAUGGCCAUAGCUUGGUAAACAUGCACCUGGGGAGGCUUAUCUCCAACGAGGAGCUAACAGGUGGAAAAACCUCUCUGAGAAUUCUGCAGGACACUGAUGGACAAAUGUGGGACGAUGGGGUUGAUAACGGGCUCCUGGCUCUGGAUGUGGGCCUGAUUCUGGGCUGCAGUCGGGCAGGAUCGGCCGUCCCCUGUGGAAGCGGGGGUGUGCACCUCUCACACGCACCCUUCAUGGCCUUUUAUUACGGAUGAUGGACUUUUCAGCAUAAAAUCAUUUCAUCCGUCAGAAAAUUUCAAACUUUAGGAUGUAUCAUGCACUUCAGUGUCAAGCUUAAUUUAUAGACAUUUUGCAAGCUCUACAUAUA